CUGUUUGGAUUUUUGCGAUGAGUCGAUUGACAAUACUCGCGCGUUGAUAUUCCGAUUUUGGCGAUUCUUGGCUAAUCGUAUUUGCGCGUACCAUCGACGAGCACUACCACUUGUUAUCGCCGGUAACUUGAUCUCUUGAAUUUUGCAGGUCGACGAUUGAUGGAAUAGGAGGAAAAGAGACGGGCUCUUGGCCGCAGGACACCGGGGGAGAGAGAGAGUGUGCGGGGGACCAUGUUCAAGUUCAAGAGCAGCAACACGCCGAACGUCCUCGGCUCGAACCCGAUCUGGCACCACUUCGAGAUCGGCAAUCAGACGGCCACGGCCGGACCGGAGCACGUAUGGAAGAUCCUCGGGGCAUAUCGCAACAGCGAUGGAAAGGAGGUCUCCAUUUUCCUAUUCGAGAAGCGCUCCGUAGAGAAGCUGCAUAAACCGAAGCGCAAGGAGAUGGUCACCGAGAUGCUGAAGGCCAGCGUGUACCAGCUCGAGCGCUUCCGGCACCCAAAGAUGCUGCAGGUGGUCCACAAACUGGAGGAGUGCUCCGAGACCUUGGCCUUCGCCUCGGAGCCGGUCCUCGCCAGCUUGGGGAACGUUUUAGCCUUCGAGGAGCAGCGAGCGAACGCCAUGACGCAGAAUUCCGCGUCGGCGGCCACGACGACGUCGGCGUCCUCCCAACAGAGUGGACAACCACCGGGACAUCGGCCCGUCUACGCCAAGGAGUACGACAUGCUAGACAUUGAGAUCAAAUACGGCCUAGUUCAGAUCACCGAGGCGCUGUCCUUCCUCCACUACACUUGCCACACGCUCCACAGGAACGUCUGUCCAAGUAGCGUCAUCAUCACGAAGAGGGGGACCUGGAAGCUGUGUGGCCUCGAAUUCGUCGAGCCCCUGAACCAGAUCGACGGCCUACAACCCGUUCCCUGCCAACCCUGGUCCCACAAGCUGCCCAAGGUUGCCCAGCCGAACCUCGACUAUAUAGCUCCAGAGGUGCAGGAGAAGAGCUGCAGCAUCAUGAGCGACAUGUUCAGCUUGGGCAUGCUCAUUUGCGCCAUAUUCAAUCAGGGUCGUCCCCUGAUCCAAGCUAACCACAGUUGCUCGACCUACCUUAAACAAAUGGGAGGCCUAAAUGACCAAGUACACAACAUAUUACCUCGUAUCCCGGUUCACCUGCAAAACACCGUCUCCAAGCUGCUCCAGAGGGAUCCUCAGCAUCGGCUCACCGCGCAAGCUCUUUCCUCGUUCUCUUACUUCAACGAUCCCGCGGUCCACGCGCUGCAGUUCCUCGACGUCAUUAAUAUCAAGAACCAGAGCCAGAAGGCUCACUUCUACAAGAACACCUUGAAGGAGGUCCUGCCCUACAUUCCUCGGAAACUGUGGUACCAACACGUGUGGCCUUACCUGCAAACGGAAUCCGAGUCCCAGGAAGUCCUCGUCGCCGUGCUCCAGCCGAUGCUUUACAUCAUCCAGAACAGCAGCAUCGAGGAGUACGAGAGCAUCAUCCUGCCGAAUUUUAGCAGGAACGUCCUCUCGGCGCCGAAAUCCGUCCAGGCGACGGUCACCCUUCUGGAGAACCUCCACAUCAUUUUGGAGAAGACCCCUCGAGAGGACGUCAGGACGGAGGUCCUGCCGAUGCUGUAUUCCUCGUUCGAGAGCCCGAUGAUCCAGGUCCAGACCGCGGCCUUGGUGGCGGUGUCCAACGUGACGAAGUACCUCGACGACGUAGCGAUCCGCAAGAUAGUCCUGCCGAAGCUGAAGAUCGCCUUCGAGAACUCGACCGACAUGCGCAUCCUGAUGAACGUCCUCUCCUGCAUUCUGGACUGCCUGGACAAGCAACAGAUCAUCGACGAGGUACUGCCACUUAUGUGGAACGUCAAGCUCCAGGAUCCCGAGAUCAUCAUUCGGGUUGUAAAUAUUUACAGGCUGAUGUUGAGCGACAAGAAGUACGGGCUGUCCGUCCACUUGAUAGCGACGCGCGUCAUGCCCUCCCUCCUCCCCCAGACGGUGAACCCGGCGCUGAACUUGGAACAGUUCACUCUCCUGCUGGAGGUCCUUCAGGAUAUGCUGAAUCACGUAGAAAGAAACCAGCGGAACAAGCUGAAGUUGGACAAGCUGCCCCUGCCGAGCCCUGAGAGGCACAGGCCUCUGAGACAUCAGUUCAGCACCGACAAUAUGCACGCGCCGACCUUCAACAUCCCGAACCUGCGAGUGGAGAAGAGGAAGACCUCCUCCGCCGAGGACAUGGCAAGGAAGAAUUCGAUCGGCUCCAUGUCGAUGACCGCCUCCGCCGAGAACAUGAACAGGAAGAACUCGAUGACCGGGAUGCUGGGCGGUUGGUGGUUCGGCUCCUCAUCCUCGGCCAACGACAGCAACUUCCUCCGGGUGGCGAACACCUUCACGAGUCGCCGGCUAUCGGACAACACCUUGAUGACCCCGAAGAUCCGCAUCGCACCGUCCUGUACCAGCUCUCCGGGCGGGACUCCGAGUGGAGGGCUGCCGAUUCGCCGACACUCCAGCACCGGUCCUCAGGAUCGCCGAGGUUCGAACGUGAACCUCUCCCCGCCAACUAGCGGCGGCAUGCCCAUCACCAGCAGCAGCGUCCCGUACCUGCUGAGCUCAAGUAUGAACAGUAUUCGCGGGUCCCGGCGUCCCUCGGUCUCGUCGACGUCGUCCCAGCAGGGCACGGGCAUCCUCCAGCAGUUUGGCUCCGGCAUGGUAAGACAACUCCCCCCCAUCUGCCUCAACCUCAAUGGACCACCACCAACAUUAUCUCCAUCACUCCAGCCAUCGGGACAGCCUUCCCACUGACCCUUGGCCACAGCUACCAGCUAUUCUCCGGACGAUCGUAAGGACGCUAUCUGGUUAGACGUCCCUAGAGCCGGGAAACCGGAUCUUGGAGGCGCCUCGACGCCUCGACGAUGCCUGUAAAUUGGCCCGGCAAGCGCGCCAGGCGAAGACGGCGUCUUCGCCGCGAGAAGAGGAGGCCGGAAGUCGAGAAUCGGAAGUCGGGGACCUUGUGAAAGUAUACCGUACGUAUUGUAGCGGCCGCUAUUCCUUUAUCGACGAGGCUCCCCGUGAGGUAAGAGAGACGCGGAAUCGCUGACGGGAGAGACCUCGACGCCGCCGACGGCCAUCUUGGAUUAGGAGAGGGCCAAGGCUCGCGUUCGCAGUGGCGGCGAACAAAAUUCAAACUGCUCUUGCAAGGACUUUCAGGACUUGGUCUCGACCUUGCAAAAUGUCUAGGACCGAGAUUAAGACCGGAUGUACACGACCAAGGGCGGUUUUGCUCGUCGCUAGGUCGCGGUCGACGCGCGCCGACCUUAUAUGAGAUUUACGUAAUGUCGCGCCCUUCUGCACACCCUUUAAAGUCGAUUCUCGUCUCGGAUGUAGAUUGGAAUCCUUGUGUGACGACGCUAGCGGGCGGACCUCGCGAGGUCGUGGCCGGGCAAGGGGUGCACGGCGUCCUGUCAAUUGUCGUAAUCGUAAUUAUUGCACUAACAAUCAACCACUUUGAGGGCUAGAGUCGUAGGGGUAAGUGCGACCGGACAAGCGGCGAGUCCUAAAGGUGCAUCGCCUAAUCGUGCCAAACCUAUAUUCUUCCGCUCGCCCUCUGCUCGCCCUCUGCUCGCCCCUGGUCUCCCCCUUCUUCGCCCUCUGGGAAUUUCUCUCCCCACGGACUCUGCUUGGGUAUAUUUUUCACCUUGGCUCUCACCUCGACCGAACGCGGACACUUCCUAUACUUAAUUCCCUUUUUAUCCCCGAAGAAGGCACAACUCCAAUUACAAAGGUACAAAGAGGGGAAAGAGACGGAUGGGACACAAGAGGAACGAUAUAUUUAGCGUAAUGGGAACGAGGUAGGUCGGGGUUAGAAUGGGGGCAUAUUCAUCGGAGGGUUCUGUUGAAAUCACGCACAGAUAAGGCAUUACAUCGCGAUAUGUCGGGAAUAUUAAUCGAAACUGUUGAUCGGUACUAUAUCGACGCGCGUCGCCUUCUACGGAAUCCGAGGCGCGCAUCCAUUAUUCAGAAAUAUUUUUCUACGCAACAUAUCCAUGGACGAGAGGUUCCUUUUCGGGUGAUAGAUGGGCCUGAUCGUGAAAUAGCUGGACUACUGUGACACGUGUUAGCUGGUAAGAUGUAUACAUAGAGAUAUAUACGUGUAUAUGUAUAUAUAUAUAUAUUGCAGAUGACUCGUUUAUAACGUCCUCCUAGUGCAUCCUGCAAUGAAACAAACGUUGUUCACGGUAAAUGGAGAGUAUAUUUAAAUAUAUGGCAGCUUAGGGGG